AUGGAGACGCUCAACACUAGAUGGUCAGCCCCUUCCCCCUCAUGGUUUAAACUCAAUUUUGAUGGCACCGCUCAUAGUGGGGUUGCAGUGGGAGGUGGAAUUAUAAGGGAAAACUUGGGCAAUUUGGUUCUGGCCUAUGUUGGAAAUUUUGGUUCAACCUCGAGUAACAUGGCCAAAGCCUUAGCGCUCUUUUGGGGACUUAAAUUGGCUCUCACUAUUGAUGCUAAAAGAUUGAUCAUUGAAGGGGAUUCUAAGCUGAUCAUUAAGGUGACUAAAAGUGUUUCUGGAAUUAGCUGGAUGCUUAGCAACAUUCUCAAGGACAUAUGGUCUAUGAUUGUUUGGAUGGAGGAAUUUCACAUUCAACAUAUUUAUAGAGAGGGCAACUCGGUGGUAGACUCCUUGACUAUGGCGGGCCUUGAGAUGAAAGAAGAUGGUGUGACCCCUCGUAGGUCCAAUAGAUUCAUUGGUAAACCCCGUAUAAAGCAAAUUGUUGUGAAUAAGAACUAUGUCAAAUAUGGCGUGGAAGAUAUAGAGAAGGAGGAAAGUGAUAAGGAUGAGGAUGACAUGGAGGCCAUGUAG